AUGUAUCCAAACGGACAACAGUAUACAUACAGUGGCCCCAGUUAUAACCAAUACCCUCCACAGGCCCCUCCUGUACCAUACGGAUACGUCGAUCAAUAUGGAUAUCCUGCACCUCCUCCUCCUCAUGUGACUGGAUAUUAUAAUCCACAGUACACGGAAACACCAGCACCGCAACCUUAUUGGGACCAACCGAUAUAUGGUAAACGUAAAGCGUUGCUUAUAGGUAUCAAUUAUAUUGGAUCAAGAAGUCAACUCAGUGGUUGCAUCAAUGAUGUCAAUAAUAUGCUUGGUUUCUUGACGCAAAGAUGCGGGUAUUCUCAAGACGACAUUGUUAUCUUGACAGAUGAUCAGCCAAAUCCGGUUUGCAUUCCGACAAAAUAUAACAUGUUAAGGGCCAUGAGUUGGUUGGUGAAAGAUGUGCAACCAGGUGACCAUCUUUUUUUACAUUAUUCUGGUCAUGGUGGUCAAACCCCUGAUUUGGAUGGUGAUGAAGCGGAUGGCAUGGAUGAUGUUAUCUAUCCUGUUGAUUUCGAAACACAAGGUUUUAUUGUAGAUGAUUUAAUGCACGAUAUCAUGGUCAGACCCCUAAUGCAAGGUGUCAGACUAACAGCUCUAUUUGAUUCAUGUCAUUCCGGAACUGUGUUAGAUUUGCCAUUUACUUAUUCAACUAAAGGAGUUAUUAAGGAACCUAGUAUGCUCAAGGAUAUAGGAGGUACUGGGAUGCAAGCAGCAAUGGCAUACGCUACGGGGAACGGUUCCGAUUUGAUGGGAUCUUUAUCAUCACUAGCCAACACAGUACAAAAUAGGUUCAUCAAUGGGAACGGUUAUGAUCGUGAACGUGUCAUACAGAUGAAGUUCUCACCAGCAGAUGUGAUUAUGUUAUCUGGGUCGAAAGAUAACCAAACAUCAGCAGAUACGUUUGAAGAUGGACAAAAUAUUGGCGCCAUGUCCCAUGCAUUUAUCAAGGUGAUGACUUUCCAGCCCCAACAAACAUACAUUUCUCUGUUACAGAAUAUACGACAGGCAUUGAUGAACAGAUAUUCACAAAGACCGCAAUUAUCCUCUUCACACCAAAUAGACAUCAAUGCACCUUUUAUUAUAUGA